AUAUCAUAGUGUAGAAUAAUUUGAAUUAAAGAUGAUUAGAAAUGUUAGACAUAUUCUAGCAGUGGUAUUGACCAUACUACUAGUGCCGAUUAUGUCAUCAUCGAUUCCUGUGAUUGAAAAAUAUGAAAAGGCUAAAUCUAUUUUAGAUCAAAACUUCGAUAAGGAAACUAGAAGUCCAAUUUAUACCAAAGACAAUAUAUAUAACAAUCUUAAGAUACCUUCAUACGAUGAAGAGAUCCAAGAUUAUGAAGGUGUGAUAUAUAGGGAAAUACCAACAGAAAUCUCUGAAGCAAUUGAAGUGUUAGUACAGUGCGCCUUGGAAGAAGAUCAUUUGGAUUCUUUGGUGGCACUUGGUGACAUAUACAUGUUUGGAAAUUUUUCGAUCAAGGCAGAUUACAAGAAAGCACAUGACUACUACAAGAAGGCCGUGUCUGUGUCUGGCCAUGGACAUGCCUAUUUCAUGUUGGGAUUCAUUUACACAACUGGUAUGUUUGGAGAGUUCCCCAUAGAUGAAGCUCUAGGUGUUCUUUACUACGAAUUUGCAGUGGAGAAUGGAGAUACAAAUGCUCUAUUUGCGUUGGCUUACAAAGAGCUCAAGGGUAUAGGAACCCCGGUAAAUUGUGAAUUGGCUUUGUUUUAUUACACGAGACUAGCUAACUUGGGCAUGAAGGCACUUCAAGAACGUGACGAAGAACGCGAAGAAAUAGGUCGAUUCUAUAAUAUCCGUUUACCUGAUUUCAAUGGUGGGCUCUUUGGUAGCCCUGUUAGCGAAAUCCAAUCCUCCAUAGUUGAGAGUUCACCUAAAGAUAUUUUGGGAGAUGAAAUCGAUGAAUAUCCAUAUACAAAUUAUUAUUAUGAAGCUAUGGAAAGUUAUGAAGGUGAUUAUUUCACUCCUCGUAAUUAUACCAAAUCAUUUGAAAUAUUAAAAGAAUGUUUUGAUCACGGAGAACAAAAAUUUGGAAAGAAGGGUUACAAGAAUAUGCAUGCCACUGAUCAAUUUUUCCUUGUCCAUUGUCAAGCUAAGUUAGGUCAUAUGUACUUGAAGGGACUUGGAGUUGAGAAGAACUAUGAUGAAGCCUUAAAGUAUCUUAAAAUUUCUGCCAGCGUUAAGAAAACUGCAGAAUGUCUUACUGAUAUUGGAUACAUGUAUGAACAUGCAUUAUUACCAGAAACCAGUAACAAAACAAAAGCUCUUACAUACUAUGGAAGGGCAAUCAAAUUAGACUCUCACCAAGCAAAACUUAAUUAUGCAAAAAUUGCCAUUGAGAAAACCCAAGGGAAGAAUGUUUUUCAAUCAGCUGAAAAGAAACAAAUUUAUGAUUUAGUGUAUGGAUCUGUGUAUUCUGGAAAUGCCGAGGCUCUCUACUAUUUCGGGGAAUUCCUUCAAUCAGGAUUGGCCAGAGAGGUUGAACCGGAGAAGGAUAUAUCAUGUGAAAAUACUAUUAUCUUCUACAGGAUGUUCUUAGUAAGAAUGGAAAGUUUCUUCUUACCACAAUUGAAAUAUGCAUUUAAUGAAUUACGCCAUGGAAACUACAAAAAUGCAUUGUUAGGAUAUCUGAUUGUUGCAGAACUUGGAUUUGACCAUGCUCAGGUAUCAACAUCAUUCUUACUUUUCCAAGCAAAAUCUCUUAAGGAGAAGAAGAACGCCAAGUAUUCUAAACCAAGAGUAGAAGCCGCCAUCAAGUAUCUUGAACUUUCAUCAACUCAUCAAAAUACCGAUGCUACAGUGAUGCUCGGUGAUUUGUAUUACAAUGGUCUUGGGGAUGUAUUACCACAAGAUUAUGACAAUGCAUUUGCAUACUACAAUAAGGCUGAAUCCAAACAUUCUGCCCAUGCUAGUUUUAACAUGGCAUUGAUGUAUGAAUAUGGUUUAGGGCCAGGGAAUACAGUAGAUUAUUUCAUGGCAAAAAGAUAUUAUGACCUUAGUUUGAAAUAUGGAGGAAAAAAUAAAAUUCCCGUUAAUUUAGCUUUAUUGAAACUUCGUCUCAAAUAUAUCUUUUCUAGACAAAAGAAUCCAAAUCCAGAGAAUACUGGUUGGCUAAGUGCUUUCAAAAGUAUUCGUACGCAAAGCAAUCAAGUUAGCGAAAACAACAUACUCACCGAAAAUAGGGCAGAUGCACACCAUGAAGGUGAGACGUUCAUAGAAGAAGAAUACGACGUUAUUGAUUACUUAGUGGUAAUUGUUACGUUUGUUGUCUUUUUCUUUAUCUUUAUACGCAACUUAUACCAACAAUUGAGGAGAAUGAGAAACCCAAACCUCAAUAACAAUAAUGAUCAAAAUCCCAAUAUAAAUGAGCCGGUAGUCCCAGGAUUGAAUGCCAGAGUUGGGAACUUUCAAUUUCAAUUCUUUGCACUUUAGCUAUUAUUUUUGGGAACUAUAAUAAUAAAUAUCGCUACAAGAAGGAUGUAGAAGAAUGCAAAAAGGAAAAAAAAAGUAUUUAUAAAUAU